CUAUGUAUUUAAAUACGUUUGUGUAAAUCCUCCGUAAGAAAUAUCUAACCGAAAAGGUGGUAUUAAUUUGCGGAUUAAGUUUCAUCCAUUCAUCACUGACACCUGGUACAAAACCUCAUGGCGCAUAGCACAACUACGAUAUCCUUAGGGGAAGAAGUUGUCCACCUUCCGGGAUUGAGAUUGUUUUGGCGUAGCUCUAACGACUUGUGCUUUCGUGGGCAUCGCAGGAAGAGGGAGAGUGUGUAAGUGGUAGACGGACUACCUGAAAGGCUUUGUAAGGAUAGCUGGGUGAGCGCUUGAGGAUGCUGGAGGUGAACGUGGCGUUUCUGACCGAGUCAGAGCGGGAGCUCAUCCUGAACGUGCUGAAGAGAGAUGAGGAGCUCAGGCGGGCUGAGGAGCAGAGGGUCAGGAAGAUGAAGCUGGAGAUGCUAGACAUGAAGAGGAGGGGCGCUAAGCGUGGCAGUGGCAAGUACAGCGAGCGCAGCUGCGGGCGGUGCCAGGAGCCACUGGGCAGACUCUUUGGCACUGCCAGCCAGUGUCGCGUAUGCAAACACCAUGUUUGCAGGAACUGUCGCCUGGUGCACCCCAACGGAGCCUGGGUGUGCACUGUGUGUGCCAAAGAAGCUGAUCUGAAGAAGUGCUCCGGUGACUGGUUUUACGACCAGAAGGUGAACCGGUUCUCCACGUCCUCAGGACACGACAUUGUCCGAGCCUCCCUCAAGAAGCGCCCGCCCUUGAAGAAGCGAGAGACUAUUGGGGAGCUGCUUCUAAACAGUACCGAUUUAAAGCCCAGCCCAGCUGCUCCUGCUGCUCCAGCUGCUCCUGUCCCACGACCCAGAGCCUCCAACAAGGGGCAGCUGUCGGGCGUCUCCGAGCAGCCGGAGGCGGGGCAGCGGAGCGACACAGAGUCCACAGACAAGUCCAGUCUGGGCAGCAGCCACACCGGCACCGAGUCGUCCCACAGCACUCCAGCGCUUCCCCGGAAAGGUGUCAAGUCAUCUCAGCACAGUCCUGCAGGGUCCAUAGCGUCCACAGUGUCCAGCCUCAUAGCACCUGCAAAAUCCAGCAAGUCCCCCAGUCCCAUCCCUGAAUCAGAGACAGCCUCUUUGACACAUCAGCUGAAUCAGUCCUCAGAAGUGGUGGACCCGGAGGUCGAUGGCCUGUUCAAGAAAAGCGUCAGACGGGUGCACAAAAUCUCAGGCUGUCGGCCAACGUCAACACUAGACCUGCGUGGAGAUGGUGCCAGUACCAAAGUGGGGUCAAUGGGGGACAGGAGCAAGUCUGUACCAGGCCUUAACGUAACAGACGAUGAGGAAGACGAUGAUAUUGAUAAUCUGGUGAAUAUCCACAGAAAGACAAUGGGUGAUAGCGGCUCAAGUCUCCGUUCCAAAAGCACUCUGGGCAGUAUGAUGAGUGUGUACAGUGAGGCAGGAGAUUACGACAGUGUGGAGGUGACCGGAGACAUAAUGUUCUCAAUUGGCUUUCAGGAGCCCAGCCAGACCCUCUCCAUCCUGGUGAAGGAAUGCAGGGGGCUGGCCUACGCUGACGCGGCGAAACCGCGCUGCAAUCCGUAUGUGAAGUGCUACCUCCUGCCAGACAAGUCUCGCCAGGGCAAGAAGAAGACGGUCGUCAAGCGCAACACCAUCAACCCCGUCUACAACGAGACCCUGAAGUACUCCAUAAGUCGUUCUCAGGUCACCACCCGCACGCUCCAGCUCACUGUCUGGCACUACGACCGCUUUGGCCGUAACGCCUUCCUGGGAGAGGUGGAGGUCCCGCUGGACUGUCACGACAUCGACUCCGCUCAUCAGCAGUGUGUGGUCCUCAGGGGAAAGGUGCCCUCUUCUCCUCAGCAGUCUUCAUUCACACAAUACAAAGGGGAGUUGGUGAUCUCCCUGAUGUAUGUCACAGCCGAAAAGCUGUCUGCAGGGAAGUCUAAAGCAGGAAAGGGGGGAAAAACAGAGGGAGGGGCAGAGCUGCAUGUCCUGAUCAAAGGGGCCAAGAAUCUAACAGCCAUGAAAGCAGGAGGCACAUCGGACUCAUUUGUAAAAAGUUAUCUGCUGCCGUCCAAAAACAAAUCCACAAAGAAGAAGACCCCGGUGGUGAAGAAGACGCUGAACCCACACUACGACCACACGUUCAUCUACAAGGACAUGAGUGUGGAGCGGCUGAGGACCAUGUGUCUGGAGCUGACCGUGUGGGACCGGGAGGCGCUGUCCAGCAACGACUUUCUGGGAGGCGUGCGCCUGAGCACAGGGACAGUCACUCUGAAGUCAGGCCACGAGGAGUGGCUAGCAGAGUCUUCCCCAGAGGAGGUGAGCCUGUGGCAGCGCGUCAUGCAGUACCCCAACUCGUGGGCAGAGGGCACUCUUCUCCUGCGCGCCUCCAUGGGGAAGAGCAAAUGAGGACAGCCUUCCCCCGCAGAGAGGCUCGUGAUGAGUCUGUCCCUUCAGUCAGUAAGAGUGUUGCAUAUGAGAGCUGGGAUUAUAAUUUGUAAUGCAGAGUUCUACAGUGCCAAAGUAAAAUAUUUUAUAAAAUUAAGCUUUACAAAUAAUAUAUAUUUCUGUUGAAGGAAUUUUAUUCUGUUGUAGCAGAUUUUAUUUCUAGUUAUAGUGUUUGUAUAUACAUAUUCGUGCUUUUAACUUUUAACAUGGCCAAAGUACAAAGCAAACCUGAAAUGCCUGAAAAAGGGAUUGCGCUCAUAGAAAGUAACUACACAGAGAGUACAUGUUCUCAUCAUGUUAUGUUUCUACAUUUAUUAGUUUUUUUUGUUGCUUGAACAGGCUACCAGUUACUCGACAUUAAUGUCAUUCUAUUAGUACACAUUCCUCUCCUUUUUUUUAAUUUGUCAGCUAAUUUCAUUCACCUCAAAAGUAAUAUAAUAAACUUUUAACAAUC